CCUUUCCUUUUCCAUCUAAACCCAACCGACCCCCUCAAAUCAAAUUCUCUACAUAUCGAAUCGAUUUCAAUCAAAUCAACGCCCUUUCAAUCUAGCAGUCAUCUAUUUCAGUGAGGAGUUCACCUGCAACGAAGACGAUGUCGAGUGUACCUUCAUCGGCUUCGAGCUCCGUCUCGGUCCCGGGUUCGAACCCCACCGCCGUUUCCUCGCAGUUCACGUACUCCAAUGGUUCUUACUUUCCGAUGCCGUUCCACCUCCAACAACAACCACCACAGCCACAACAGUACGUUGCUGGUCCUCCGCCUGCCGUGCAGAUUCCCACGCCACCUGCGGUCUAUCCGGCUCCGGCCUCCCUCCCCGGGGUUUACUCGCUGCCGCAGUACCAACAGGCCCAGCAGUUGUUCCAAAGGGAUGCACAGACAAUCACACCUGAAGCUCUUGAGAGUGUAAAAGCUGCCCUAGCAAACAGUGAAAUUGAGCACAAGGCAGAAACGAAGAAGAAAGCAAUUCCUCGUAAAGCUGCAGGGCAGUCUUGGGAGGAUCCAACUCUUACAGAAUGGCCAGAAAAUGAUUUUCGUCUAUUUUGUGGUGAUCUUGGAAAUGAGGUGAAUGAUGAUGUUUUGUCAAAAGCAUUUUCACGAUUUCCUUCAUUUAACAUGGCGAGGGUUGUCAGAGAUAAGCGCACUGGCAAAACCAAGGGCUAUGGAUUUGUUAGUUUUGCCAACAUUACAGACCUUGCGGCGGCACUUAAAGAAAUGAAUGGUAAAUAUGUUGGAAAUCGGCCAAUCAAACUACGCAAGAGCAACUGGAGAGAGAGGACAGAUUUUGAAGCCUUGGAAAGGCAAAAGAACCACACUCAAAAGAAACCAAGGUUUCCUAAGAAGAGUGUGUUGCAUAAGUGAGGACCCAACAAUGAUGGUAGCCAAACUCACUGAGGGGUCAAGUUCUGAAAUUCUUUAGGUGCAAUGCGAAUGUGAACACUUGUCAGAUGAAUGAGCCCUUCAGUUCUGCUUCCACAGGCAUCCGCUCAUAAGAUAAGACCGUCGUCCUCAAACAUUUAAUCAAGUCUACUGCAAGAUUCGUUUUCGCAGUUGAAUUUGUGUAUUGGUAAAUACUUUGGUUUUCGAUGAAAGGUAUACACUGAAUGGUGAAGUUGUAAACUGAAUAAAGUUUUUUUUAAUAUACUAGACUUGUUGAAGGCA